AUGACAUCUCUGUCAAGAGAUAUAGCUAGAUAUAAUAGUUUUACGCAGUCAAAAGACAAGUUAUUCAGAAUAUUUCAGUAUGGCAGUCGAUUAGUAUUAUGGUAUUUUAGCAAGGUUGGGGCAACUGGAAGAUUAGCUUACAAGGUGAAAAAACUAGAAGAAGCUGUUUCUCUUUCAAGGAAAUUAUUUCGUAUGGGAAAUAGUUUUGAUUUAAUGAUUAAAGUGAAAGAUAGUUUUAAAGGACCGGAUGCAUAUCAAGCCUUACUGGGUGUAAUUACACAUAGCUUUAAAGCUUUGUGGCUAGUAAUGGACCAUGUCAUUUGGUUAGGAAAAGUCGAAACAGUUCAGAUUCAAAUGAAGACAUGGUCCCAAUGGGCAUCUAGAGCCUGGUUAGUAUCUCUAGUGACUGCAACUGUUAUCGAUGUUCAUAAACUCAAUGACAUAAAAGCUCAAAUCAUUAAAGCCAAAACACCACAUGGCCAAUCAGACCAUCAUCAUAGAAAUAAUGUGCAGCUAUUAAAGAGAGAUUUUCAUGGUGCUCAAUUAACUUUUUUAAAAGACUUCUGUGAUAUAUUCAUUCCACUGUCAUCUUUAAACUAUGUUAGCCCUGGACUUGCAGCUCUAUGUGGAGUAACAUCAUCUGCUAUAGGUUUUAAAUUAGAAUGGGAAAAACAUGGCCAUCCAUACAAAAUUAAAGAAUGA